AUGCACCCUGAAGAGCCACCAGUGAUCGAUUUCGGACCAUUCUAUGGCUCUGACAGUCAUGCGAAGAACAAGCUUGUGCAAGAGCUGCGACAGGCUUGUGAGCAAUUCGGCUUCUUCCAACUCGUCAACCAUGCCGUCCCGACGGAUCUCCAGCAGCAGAUCCUCCAACAAAGCAAAGACCUCUUUGGGCUUCCGCUAAAAACCAAACAGAAAUACCAUAAAGACAUCGGAGGCUUCAACCGAGGCUACGAGUCCUUCCGAUCCCAACACUUCGAGAAGCAAAGCAAGGGAGACCUCAAAGAAGGAUAUUACCUGGGAAAUAACCUACCACUAACGGAUCCAUAUGUGAUCGAAAGAAGGUUCGGUCAAGCACCGAACAAGUACCCAACAGAAGUCCGUGAUCCGCAACAAUGGCAACGUGUCAUGGAACAAUAUCAUUCUGCCAUGACCACUCUUUCAAUCAACCUCAUGCGAGUCUUGGCAAGUACGUUGGAGCUGAGUGAGAACUUCUUCGAUGACUUCUGCCGUCAUCCAGUCGCUGCCCUGAGGCUACUUCAUUAUCCUCCGCAAGAUCCGGCUACAGCGGAGACUGAGAGAGGAAUCGGCGCCCACACUGACUUCGGAGCAAUCACAAUUCUUCUCCAAGACAAUACCGGUGGACUACAAGUGUGGAACAACGCAUCAUCUGAAUGGGUCGAUGUCACUCCUGUUCCCGGGGCAUAUGUAGUGAACCUGGGCAACAUGAUGAUGCGAUGGACGAAUGACCGCUACUUAUCCAAUCUUCACCGAGUUAUCAAUAGAAGCGAACAGGAAAGAUUCAGUAUCCCUUUCUUCUUUUCCGGAAAUCCGAAUUUCGAGAUCAACUGCCUUCCUAGCUGCCUGGAUCCUGAGAAGGGCGCUAAAUAUCCCCCUGUUACUGUUCAUGAUUGGAUGACUGGUCGGUUUGCGGAUACUUAUGGCUCGAAGGAGGGGAAUGCUAUUGGUGAUAUGAGACAGGAGCUUGUUGAUAGUAUGGCUGCAAAGUAG